AGUUUGCCAAUACGUCCACACAUCUGGUACAUGGAUCAAUGCGGCACGGCAGGCAACCUGCAAUGGUUUCGAGCACAACCGACUAGUAACCGACACAAUCCUUGUCGUUGUUUGCUUGGUGAAAGUGUCAACAUUACCGUGACAGUUUGAGAAUGUAAAACAACAAAUAUUGAGAGUCCCAAAAAGUGCGGCACAGUAUUGCGAUCAUUGUAAUUUGUAUUCAACAGCAAGUACGCAACCUACGUUGCUUAGAUAAACGGACGAUAUCUGACUCAACUUGCACAGCUAGAAGUUGGGUCACGAGUUAUCGGUGAACUAUGGGCGACUCUGAAUUACCAGCUGCUAUCAAGAAACUCAUAGAACAAAGCCAAGACGCCAAGACACAUUCAUACUGUCCCCAGAGUAAGUUCCGGGUAGGCGCGUCGCUCCUCACCAAUGGCGGCAAGGUGUUCAAUGGUUGCAACGUUGAGAGCGUUGCGCACUCGCUAGCCAUGUGUGCCGAGAGAUGCGCAUUCUACAAGGCCAUGUCGGAAGGCCACAGGGAAUUCAAAGCCAUCGCCGUGGCCAGGAAGUAUCUGCGAUGUCCCUAA